AUGGAUUCUAAAGGCGCCCCAUACACCUUGAAGGACAUGCCAGGGAAAGGGAAGGGCCUGGUCGCGAGUGACCAGCUUCUGAGAGGAACGUGCGUCAUCGAUGAAGCAGCCCUCUUCACAACAGAGUCUCUCCAAAACCCUGCAGCAAUCGAGAGGGACUUGGGCGGGAUUGUGAAAUCCUUACCCAAGAAAGACCAGACCUCCUUUCUUUCCUUGCACAACAACUAUCCUGGAAAGAACGCGUUCUCGAACAUCGUCCGAUCCAACGGCUAUCCUCUCGGACCUAGCAGUGAGAUCGGAGGCAUCUUCUUGGAGACGGCUCGCAUCAAUCACAGCUGCCAGCCAAACGCUCAGCAUGCCUGGAACGAGAAGUUGCAAAGGACGCAGGUCCAUGCCGUGCGCGAUAUCGAGGAAGGUGAAGAAAUAACGCUAUCAUACACAUACUUUGGCUUUGACUGUGGUUGCCACGCUUGCUCUCUGCCAUCUUACGAGCAGAAAGUCAGUGACGAAAGACUGAAAAGAGCACAACGAUUGGACGAAGCGAUUGGAGACUCCAAGCGAGUUAGAUACAGCCCAGAGAAGGCCCUGAACGACUGUCAUGCGCUGCAACAGAUAUAUGAAGAAGAGCAAAUCUUCGACCUUCGACUGCCAAGGUUGUACUACGAUGCUUUUCAGAUCUGCGCCAUGCAUUCAGACCAAGCAAGGGCUUCAAUCUUCGCCCGCCGUGCUCGCGAAACACGCAUCAUUUGUGAGGGCCGUGGCAGUGGCGAGGCCGCGGAGUUGGAGAAGCUCGCAUCGCAUCCUGAGAAGUUCCAAAACUCUGGUGUCACAACGAGAUGGAAAUCGAGAGCCGAUGAUGUUCCACAAGAUUCUGAUUCGACAUCUUUCGAGAAGUGGCUUUGGAAAGACUCCUGUGCUUGA